AUGUCGCAUAGGAAGUUUUCGGCGCCCCGCCAUGGGUCGAUGGGAUUCUACCCCAAGAAGAGGUCCCGUCGCCAUCGUGGAAAGGUCAAGGCUUUCCCCAAAGAUGACUCCAGCAAGCCUGUCCAUCUUACCGCCUUCAUAGGGUACAAGGCUGGUAUGACCCACGUGGUUCGUGAACCCGACCGUCCUGGUUCAAAGAUUAACAAGAAGGAGAUUGUAGAGGCUGUAACCAUAAUUGAGACUCCCCCAAUGGUUGCGAUUGGUGUGGUCGGUUACAUUGAAACUCCUCAUGGACUCCGGGCUUUACUCACAGUGUGGGCUGAGCACAUGUCUGAGGACUGCCGCCGUCGCUUCUACAAGAACUGGUACAAAUGCAAGAAGAAGGCCUUCACCAAGGCCAGCAAGAAAUGGCAGGAUGAGCUUGGACGCAAGUCUAUUGAGAAAGACUUCAAGAAAAUGAUCCGUUACUGUAGUGUUGUGAGGAUCAUUGCUCACACUCAGAUGAAGCUGCUCAAGCAGCGUCAAAAGAAAGCUCACAUCAUGGAGAUCCAAGUUAAUGGAGGUACCAUUGAAGACAAAGUUAAAUGGGCAAGAGAACACUUAGAGAAGCCCAUCCCCAUUGAUUCUGUAUUCACUCAAGAUGAGAUGAUUGAUUGUAUUGGAGUCACCAAGGGCAAAGGAUACAAAGGUGUGACUUCUCGUUGGCACACUAAGAAGUUACCGCGUAAGACACAUAAGGGUUUGCGGAAGGUUGCUUGUAUUGGAGCAUGGCAUCCUUCAAGAGUGUCAUUCACUGUAGCCCGUGCUGGUCAAAAGGGCUACCACCAUCGUACUGAAAUGAAUAAGAAGAUUUACAGGAUUGGACAAGGUAUCCACACAAAGGAUGGCAAAGUUAUUAAGAACAAUGCCUCUACAGAGUAUGACCUUUCUGAGAAGUCUAUCACGCCUAUGGGUGGUUUCCCGCACUAUGGUGAAGUUAACAAUGAUUUUGUAAUGAUCAAGGGUUGUUGCAUGGGACCCAAAAAGCGGGUUAUUACAUUGAGAAAGUCUCUGCGCGUGCACACAAAGAGGGCUGCUCUUGAGAAAAUCAAUCUCAAGUUCAUUGAUACAUCUUCCAAAUUCGGUCAUGGUCGCUUCCAGACACCAGCUGACAAAGCUGCCUUUAUGGGAACUCUUAAGAAAGACCGUAUUCGUGAAGAAGCCGCUGCUACUACGACGCCAGCGGCUGCAGCGCAGUCCUAA